CACAUGGUGUGUCAAGUUAGUUCGUAUUCAUUAAUAUUAUUUCAAAUUAAAGAAAACGUACCAGAUCGAUUUAUUGUAUAGAUUAUUGAAGGAAAAAAACUUUGCAAGCUAAAAUCGACGACGGAAGAAAAAUAAGUUUAGGCUUAAGUUUUCGCUGAAAACUGAAUAGUAGAAAUCAAUGUGCACGCACCAUCGUCUUUGUUAAGUGCAAAGCACACUUACCGGUCUUUCUAUUUUCAUUAUGAAAAAUAUACAUAAGGACGCUCUUUGGAUAUUAUGAACGCGCGACUCAUUCAGAGAUAAGUCUCUGUUUGGAAUAACUGAUCCCUUUGGAAGUGAUGCGCUCCAGGGCCACUGAGGUUUGCAGAGACGAUGAUUAAGGGGCCUAUGUCUCUGGCUGAAAGGCUUGAUUCCAAACAGUGCCCGACUCUAUAGUAGGUACAAGUUACCAAGCACUCAACUAGAUCGAGGGCCAGCCAAAGAGCAAAAAUCUUUCAGCAGAAUCCAUUCGCACCCCGUCGUAUUACACAUACGGCGUCUUUUGUGAGGAAUAACAGAUUUUUUUUAUGAAUUCUGUGUUCAGCUUAGCACAGAUGUGCUUCCUAAUGAAAAAAGUAUAGUAUGCGAGGACACUGUAGGAAAAAUAAAAAUGAGCCAAAGUGAAUCAGUUUAUGCAACUAGAAAACAUCAUUCGCAAAAUCGUUCUGUUUCCUUGGUUGACCGUUGAAUGCCUAAGUUGCCCCAUAACGUCCGUUCUAAAAUCUGUCAGGACACUACUACCGAAACCGAAAAGCGCGCGCCACCUCUCCGUGGCCGUACAACCUUCAUGUGUGGCCUUCUGACUUCUUCUUAUGUCCUCCGUGCUGUAGAGAAAAUUUCGUGUAGCAGAAAUUUUUCAGUAGAAGUAUUUUAUACGGUCACCCAAACUCGACCACGCGACUCACGCAAAAUUGCCGUACAAUAUGCGCCUCGCUACCGUUUCAGCCAUCCGUGAACUAAUAACUUUCAAUGAGCCGGUGCCAACUGUGAAUCUAACUAUGGAAACGACAAUUUAACUUUCACGUUGUGCUGCGUUAGUUACUCUGUAGUCAGUUGCUCGGUUACCGGUGAACUCGGAUCAACCUUCCGUCCAAAAAAUGAGCCUUCUAGCAGACUACUUCACCAGCAACCCAAACACGUUUCAGAGAGCGUUCCGUGUUUCUGGCUAUGUCACACCGCCGUAUCGAAAUACACAAGGAAGGGUGUACCGCAAGAACUGUCAUCUAUUUGUUCAUCGUAAGCCAGUGAAUGUAAAGAAACGUCAUAACAAUUCUGUCUGCUGCGCUGACUGACACUUUUGAUAAAGCAGAGGUAAAAGAAAGAGAAGACGAGUUGUCGUAAUGGUGAGCGACGCUGGAGACGCCAGCGGGGUGCCGCAGGUGAAGUCCGAGGCGAUUCGAUUAGCCCGAGCGAUUAAAGGUUGCUCGACUAGUCUUCUCGACGUGGUGGAAACGAUGGGACCAGCGUUGAAUUCGGAAAAGCUAUUGGAACGCACAGAAGCGUUAGAUACACUUGCGCAACUGCUCAAAGAGCUGCCAGCGGGGCUUCUGACCGAGGCAGAGAUUAGCUUGCUUUUGGGUUACUUCGUCGCACAACUAAAAGGACAUCACCCUGAAACCGCCAGGAUUGCUAUGCGCGCUUUACAUACCAUGUUUGUUCGAUACAAAAUUUCUUCAGGGGAUGCUGUUCGGUUCGUAGAGGGAUUCUUCAAUGAAGUGGCCUUGGUUGAUCUCACGAGAGAUGAUAAAAUGAUUCUCUACAGAAUAUUUCAGCGCGUGCUUUCAAACGACGCUCAACGAUACCUCGAUGCAGUUGGCAAGCAGAUGUCUAGCGCCGUUAUGCCCGGCUUUCUGCAGUUGAUCGAAUUAGAGACAGAUCCCCAGUGUUUACUAAUUUGCUUCGAUAUGUUUCAAACUGUGGUCAAAAACAUUCCUCUAGGCGUUUAUGUGGACGACAUGUUCGAGUACCCUGCAGGCUAUUUUCCGAUCGAUUUUCAAGGGUCACCGGAUCGUCACGGAGGUGUCACGCGAACACAGCUCCAAGAGUCGUUGGAAGCGUGUCUUCUAGCUCAUUCGUCCUUUUCACAACACGUGAUCAAGUUGUGUCUGGAAAAAAUCUCUUCCGAUGUCCGUCAGGCUCAAAUCGACGCCCUAAAGCUUCUUAGGCGAGCAGUUGAGCAGUACGAGUGCUCAGUAUGCUACAAAUAUUUUGAGGCAAUAUGGCCUCUUCUACGCAAGCUUUAUGUGGCUCACAGAGAGGACAGUCAACUUGAAGAGGGCAUUCUUAGGCUAACGGCAGUAUUAGCUCAAAAACUCGGCGAUGGAGAGGAUGGAGAUGCCAAACUGGAACAAUUUGCCAACAUCAUUUGGAAAGACUUCGAAGACCGCGAAGCGUUUCUGGAAUGUUCUGGCUGGCGUUUUGUGGUGGCGUUUGCGGGCGGGUCUUCUAGAAGUUUGAAUAAAAUUCUGCCUAAAGCCUUUGCCAAAGUUACUCGUAUGAUUGCGGAUGAAAAUCAGAUUAGUUCAUCGUUGCUCGAUGCAUCGUGCGCUAUGCUCCAAGUUUUCAUCGGUCUGCACAAGUCUGCAGACGAAAGCAAGGUAUUAAAGGUUUCUUUUGGGACAACAAUUCUCCCGGCGAUCGAAAUGCUUGUAGGACAAGCAUGCACUCUGCUGCUUGAGCCCUCAUGCUCGAAACAUCUAGUUAAACUUAUUGGACUUAUUGAGGUGGCGUUGACGAUUGAGGAUGCGCUUAACAAAAGCCAGUUAGACGCUAUCCGAAGGUUCAUUGAACUCUGUAUCGUUCAGAAGUCCUUGAAAUCGUCGCCAACGGCAGCAGUCUCAUCUGUGAUCCUAAAGCGGUUUGUUGCGGCUUGUUCAACUUUCUUUGGACAGUCAUUUACCGCAGAUCUUCUGUUGUUGGCGAAGCAAUACCGUUGUGUUUGGUUACUGGCCAGUUUGAUUCAAAGGGGCGAUGGUCCUAGCAAUAACGCCAAGGAUAUUUGUUUCGAGCUUUUCUCUAUCGGUGGCUCAGAAGCUUUUGCGGCUAUUCGCGAAAUCGUGUUGAGUUAUCCGGCGGAAACGACGUCGAAUGUUCUGGAAAAACUGUUAUCCAUACAAGAGCUUUCACGUAAAGAUGUUGAGGAAUACGAGGAUCUCCUAACCGUCGCUAUUCGAGAAGCAUCCACACAUUACGGUCAGAGCGCAAUUCAAUCCAUCUUAGUGGGCCUUCAGCGCCAGUUAUCUGCUAGUUCGAACGCAGCCCUUAAUAUGCCACUUCUUCAACUUCGUGUCGUUCUCUCUAACUGCCCGUGUUGUUGCCUAACGGAGCAACUCGGGUCCGAGCUAGUAGGUACUCUGCUGAAACUAGCUCCUACUAUUAAAACUCAUAGCGAGGAGAACCUAGAAAGAGUCCUCGAAGGUGACCCAAAUAGAUCCGAGCCUUUAAAUACAUCGCCGUCUGUAUUUGAGGACUCCACAAACCUUAUUUGGCGAUGUGUGGCAUUAUUAGCGAAUAAACAUAUCGAGAACUCGGAGACCGAAUGGGCAGUUAUUAGUGGAGUACUUGAACGUUGCACUGCAGAUGAUGAUGAAGCCUCUAUGAUCACAAAAACACAAUGCAACGACACUAGGAAGCAGUCCGGCACAGACACUUUGAAAAUCGUAUACUUGGCCAAAGGUCUUUUACUGCGUGGCCACAGGCGUUGUGAGGAAGCUCUAAGUAUGGCUUUAAAGAAUGCGUCUCAGUCUAUUGAUGGAGCAAAAAACUUUGCCAUAAUAAGUCGUCCGGAACCGAAGAUAUUUCCAAGAGAAGGACAUUGCGCCGUUAGACUGCUAUAUCCACAGAGACUGCUGACGUUUGCUGUACCUCGGCUCAUCGAAUUAUUUCAUAAUGGCAAUGACGCAGAGCGGUUAAAUAUAUCGGUGGCGAUUCUCUCAACUAUCCAACACGUUUCAGCAGACAUAGCAGAACCAUAUUUAUCAAAGCUUGGAACGGUAAUAUUAUGGUGCUUGUCACAACCAUCUUUUCCGCCAGAAUCUAGCCAAGGUCUUGUGCAGUGUCUUCGACAAAGUCUUUCUCAGUUGAAGCUCAGUGUUGGACAUCUUCUCCCAGCGCUACUACGGUGGAGUCAAAGACCUGCCUCAAUGAAUCUUCGAAUAGAAGCCAUGGGCUGUCUUCUAGAUUUGCGAAGUUACUUUCAAGUUCACGAACUUCUGCCCUACAAAAGGACCGUGCUUCGGGAGAUGCCUGUAGGUGAUCGCAAGCGACUUGUGAGAAAAGCGGCAUCAACGACUGCGCUCGCCUGGCAUAUGCUGGGGGAAGCCUCAAAAUGAUCAAACCUAAAGUCAGAAGUUUCAUGUGAAUGUUCUGUAAUGGCAGCUAGGCACCGUCUAAAAGAGGGUGGGAACGCCGGAAAUAAUUAUUUUCUAAUUAACGCGCUGAUCAUCGCGCACUAGAAAAAAAGCAAAGGGAUAUCAAACUUCUUGAUUAAAGAGCCGAAUUCGCGCGUCUACGUAAACUAAAUGACUGAGAUUUUGGCUGUAUUUAAGCGAAGCACACACGUAACUGUUGAUGUAGUUGAGUCUUGGAGCAGAGUUCAAGCAAAAGGCACAUCGCAUGGAGGCGAGAUGUGAUUUGCAACAAGAUGGCGCGAAUACUAAAUGACACCAGCGCAUUGACGAACACAGCGAAAAGAUGAAUCUACACGAAUUUCGCCCUAGUCGGUUUCCAAACUUUAAAGACGGAAAGUAGCUUAUUUAUUAGACUGGCCUCUGCUAAAGCGCUGUUUGAUAACUAUGUAUUACUACUACUACUACUGCUGCUACUACUACUACUACUACUACUACUACUAGUACUACUACUACUACUACUACUACUAAUAGUAAUAAUAGGAAUAAAUUAACAUUUCCAUUUAGAGGGCAUUCCUAAUGUUAUUGAGACAAUUUUAGAUGAGGAACUCUUGUUUAGAAGAAUCAGAAGAGCAUAUCUAAAACAAAUAUAGGGAAUAAGUCGAACAUCUCGUUAAAACAGGUUAGCGACAAAUUUUUAUUACUACAUGGAGUAUGUUGAUAUAGUUGAAGAUACUAGUAUUUUUAUAUAACUAAAUAAAAAAUCGAAGUUGUUUAUUUUUA